AUGUUGGAUCCCUUCCCACCGCCUCCGGAAUGGCUGCGGAGCUUCACUGAGCCCUAUGCCAUCCGGUUCAGCAGCCCGACACUUGCCCACCAUAUUCACGAGGUUAUUGCAGCGUUCGCCUUCUACCUGUUCAUCCAUGCGGUCCUCUCGCCUUGGCUCUCGCCAAUCCUCUUUCAGUCUUACAACAAGCUCACUCCCCGGACAAAGCUGAACUGGGAUAUCCAUGUUGUCUCUUUUGUUCAGAGCAUUGUCAUUAAUGCUUUCGCCCUGUGGGUCAUGUACUUCGACAAGGAGCGUAGCUCCAUGACCUCCGGCGAGCGAGUCUUCGCAUAUACAGGUGCCUGUGGUCUCAUUCAAGCUUUGGCCGUGGGAUACUUUGUAUACGACCUGAUUGUUAGCAUUAUACACGUCCGCAUGUUCGGCAUCGGUAUGCUUUUCCAUGCUAUCAGCGCCUUGUGGGUGUUUAGUCUAGGCUUUAGACCAUUCCUAAACUACUUCGCCCCGACCUUCAUUCUCUAUGAGCUCUCCAGCCCAUUCCUCAAUAUCCACUGGUUCCUCGACAAAGUCAACAUGACCGGCAGCCGCGCCCAAUGGUACAACGGCAUGGCUCUUCUCUCCAGCUUUUUUGCCUGCCGUCUCGUCUGGGGCACUUGGCAAACCGUCGUGGUGUACGGGGACAUGUGGAACGCGCUCCAGCAAACCUGGACUGCAGCCGCAGCCCCACUCUCUGAAGCCGCGAGUGUCAAUGCAAAUGUCUUCUCCCCAAUCCGCGAUGGCAGCCUGUGUGCCAACGAAGCCUGCACGCUCGCUAACGCCGAGCUCACCAAAUUUAAGGACUACACUGCAGGAGGUGUACCGACGUGGCUGGUGUUGACCUACGUCGGAUCGAACAUUAUCUUGAACUGUCUGAACUUUUUCUGGUUCUCCAAGAUGGUUGAGACUGUUCUCAAGCGUUUCCGCACUCCAGCUGAGACUGCUGCUGCUGGUGAGAAAGGGAUCAGCGCAGAGAAGGCUGCACAGCUCAAAGAGGAUAUUGUGCGUGAUGUUGUCCUUGAGGCGGCUUCUAAACUGGAGCAGGAGGAGACUGCCAUCAUGCAGGGUGAUCUUUCAUCGCUGCAGGCACAGGUCUCCUCAGGUGUCGACUCGGGUCUUGGUGACGAGUUGCGGAAACGGAGGUCAGAGCUUGUUGCAAAGGUUCCUUUGCCUGGUGCUUGA